AUGGAUAAAGAUCCUUUGAGUGAGAAGAUCUUGCACAUCACACUGAAGAUAAUCUGCUUGCUGACUGGAGAGGUGAUGAAAUUCGGAACCAAUCUGUCUCUGUUUCCUAGUGGUUGGUAAAUUGCUGCUGUAAAGAAACUCUGACCUUUUAGAGUCUUAGACCCUUGUUAAAAGAACUCUCUGAACACCAUGACCUCUACAGCAUAUUGCAGUGGUUGUGGUGCUUGGAGUCUUUAGGUGCAGAAUCUAUGUUUCUUGUUAAACUGUGUUGAUGGGCUCCCCAGUACCUAAAGCUUCACUUCUUUAGUAAAUGUACAAAGCUGUCAGCAAUAAGCACUCAUUGCUAUAAAAUAUAGAAAUUGCUGAUGAGAAAUUCUUCAAUAAUGGCAGCAGAGUGGACAGAGUUUUGGUGCUGGGAGAACCCCAGUUUUUGUCAAUCCACAUGAAAACCGUUACAAUCAGAGGGACGACACCCAAAACUCUUUGGAUGGUGCUGAUGUUUAUAGUGCUCCUUUAAAGCGGCACUGUCAUGCCGAACUUACCUUUCCCCAAUCACUUCCUCUCUCUCAGGAUCAGUUCUUUAUUUCUUCCUGUCUGCUCUAGUUUUCUUUAAAACAUAAGACAAAGUAGGGACUAUUCUGUUUUAUAUAUUUUUCCUACACUUGACCAUCUAUGACUCAGGGGAGGAGUUAAGUCCGCUCUGUUUCCUGUGGUCAAAGCAAUUUCCCCACAAUUUUCACCUUCCUCUUGCUGCUUCGUUCGGCGUUUGAACGCGGGCGAAAUUACCGAAUAAGUACAAUUUGUCCAUUCAUUUUAAGACGCAAUUCGGGACUUUUGUUCAGAUCCGAAUUUCAUUUGAAUGAAUGAAACACUGAUCUAUCCGUGCCGCGAGUAGAUAGCUCCCUAAUUCCCAAAGUAUCAUGGAGCUAUCUACUAAAAGGCUGAAAGACUUAAAUUGUCUUUCAGACAAAUUUACUAAUACUAAGUGAAGACUAAUAUAAUAAUAAUAAAUAUGCCCCUACUCGCUAUACCACGAGUAAGGGCAUGUCUACUAAACAGUGAGCAGCCAGUGGCAAAAGUGUCCCCCCAAGCUCCCACUCAUGCACCAAGAGUGGGGGCCACUAAACUAAACGGGGGACCUAGUGUCUCCCUCGGCUCCCACCCAUGUACGGCGGGUGGGGACCCUAAAAUACAAUAGGGGGGACCUAUUGUCCACCCUCUGGCUCCCAUCCAUGAACGGCGGGUGGGGGCCCUUAAGUUACAAUGGGGCGGGGAAUCUAUUGUCCCUCCUCCCCGGCCCCCACCCAUGAGCGGCGGGUGGUGGCCCAAGUGACGGGUGGGGGCAAAAUGUAAAAAUUUCCGUUGAAUUUAUAAAAUAAAAAUAAAAUUGGCGGGAAAAAUUUAUAAAUUCCCGUCUAAUUUAUAAAAUAAAAAUAAAAUUGGCGGGGAAAAAAAAUCCCAACGCUAAAAAAAGAAUCUAUUUUCACCAAGCGAGGGCACCGCGCAGACUGAGCUCUUCAGGGUGGAGAACGGCUUAUGCAAUUUGACUCAGAGCGCUCUGAUUGGUUGGUUUAAGUCAACCAAUAAGAGUGCAUUGAUAGGUAGAUCUUGAGCCUUGCCUGAUAGGUAACUUUCAAGGCUUAAGAAUUACCUAUCAGAGCACUCUUAUUGGUUGACUUAAACCAACCAAUCAGAGCGCUCUGAGUCAAAUUGCAGGGCGUGGGAAGGCUUUAUAAUAUAUUUUUAUUAAAGUAGUGGGGGGUCUUUUUUUACAACAGUGAGCAGCCACUGGUUGCCCACUGUUUAGUGGACAUCCCCCUACUCGUGGUAUAGCAAGUAGGGGCAGAUUUAUUAUUAUUAUUAUAGUAAUCUUUACUUAGUAUUAGUAAAUUUGUCUGAAAGACCAAUUUAGGUCUUUCAGCCUUUAGAUAGCUCCCUUAUACCAUGGGAAUUAGAGAGCUAUCUACUCGCGGCAAAUGAAUUCCGAUCCGAACAAAAGUCCCGAAUUGCAUCCUAACACGAAUGGACAAACUGUUCUCAUUCUGUUAGGACGAAAUUCGGUAGUUUUGCCGACGUUCGAACGCCGAAUGAAGCCGCAAGAGGAAGGUGAGAAUUGUGGGGAAAUUGUUUUGACCACACGAAACAGAGUGGACUUUGCUCCUCCCCUGGGUCAAAGCUGGUCAAGCGUACGAAAAAUACAUAAGACAAAAUAGUCCCUAUUUUGUCUUAUGUUUUAAAGAAAACUAGAGCAGAUAUGAAGAAAUGAAGAACAGAUCCUUAGAGAGGGAGAGUAGAAGAAGCGAUUGGGGAAAGGUAUGUUCGCUGUUGUAGAUAAUGUUUAAACUGUUUUGUAAGGAGUGCAGAUGGAAAUGUUACAUUUUACAACUUUAAUUCUUAAAUGCAUAAGGGACUAUAUGUUGUUUUUAAAAUAAGAUACUUUUAAGAUAUUUAGAAUGAUUGAAUUGUAUUUGCUCCGUAUCUAAUGAUUAAGUGGCAUUUGGGAAAUAUUUUACUUUCGCCUUUUUUCCUGAUCUUCCGCAGCAGUAACCAGACAUGUUAAUCCAUUUAAAAAGAUAGGUAAGAAGGAGUCAAAGUGCAUGCUGGGAAAUACCUGUUGUGCACCGCACCCUCUGCAGUUGAAGGUUAAACUGAGCUGUAAAGUUUUCAUUAUUAUGCAGUGCAUUAUCACAAUGCUAAGUACUCCAUUGUAACCGAUUCCAUAAUGAUACAUGGUAGAGCUGUGUAUCUCAUGCUGCAGGUUUAUGAGGACUAAGGUUUAGGUGGGUUUAGGAUUAAGAAGAAACCUAUGGUUUGGUGGUAUCAGCCUUUGCGGUGAUAUAUAGACUGUAACUACUGUCACUCUCAGCCAGGCAAAUAAUUUGAGUUACAGGUCAGAGCAACAUGAAUGUAGGUACCCAUAAAUGACCACCUGGCCCUAAACGUACUCCAAUUCCAAGAUCCUCACCCCAUCUUAACCUUGCUUUAAAGUCAUCCUUAUUAAUGGUGUUUUUUCUACAAUGGAGAUUUAAUGAUGCCACAUUUGUACAAACACAGUACUAUUACAGUAUCACUCUAUUUAAUACACAUCUUACACUUUAUAAGUCUAUGGGUAUAUUUCUCCUUAAAUCAAAAUAUAAACUCAACGUUUAGGUGAUGGACCCCACCACACCAAACAGCAAAGUGAGAGUGCAGUGCUAAUCUACUGCAAAAACAACUUACCCCCAGUAUGUAUACUAAAAUAAGAAAAAAUAAUUGUGCAAUACUGUAAAUAUUGUAUAAAAAGUGCAAACAAAGGAUAUGAUUGCACUCACAUUUGAAAGAGCCUUUUGACACGGUUAGGCUCUGAACGUAAAGGCUUCUUUGCCUUUUUGGCUGUGACACUACCUCUUCUGUGAUUGAUGUAAAUUUCCUCCAAUAGUGGAUACACAAAACUAUAGAAUGAAAAAGCAAGAAAACAGCCAAUUUAACGAUAGGAAAAACACUCUGAACUGGGGGAUAACCCUCAGAUAUACUAAUUGCAAAAGGAGAAAAAGAAAAACUAUGAGUGUUUGGCAAUUAGUGAAAUAUAAAGUAGGUCAUUAUCUACCAAAUGGAAUUAAAACGUAACCUUUAAUACAUAACAAUUAAAACAAAAAUGAAAUAUAUUACCCAAUUUCAAUUUUGAGAAUAUGUAGAACCCUAUUGAUGGGAAUAUUGACCGAAUCCUUUAUAGAGAGGGCACCUAACCUAAAUCAUUGAGGUAUGUAGGUGAAAGUAAGCACCUAAAUCGUGCUGUAUCUCUAAGAGGUGAAUGAUCUUUGUAAUAUUCCAUCAACAUUUCUAUUUAACACUACAGUGUGAACAUAAUCUAUAAAGAAUGGUAAUAUUCAGAAAUUAAAUGGAAUGUAAUAAAUUGUUUCCAAAAAACUGAGAACUAUAUAAACUGGGAUAAAAAGGGAUAAUUUAUAUAGAUUGUGCCAAACUGUCUAAUAAAUAGUAUCAGUUACAGUUACCUAAAAUAAAGAAAAAAAAGAGUGUGAUGUUCAACUUAAUUUACAGCCCUAACGUCCCUUUGAGGCCACCCCCCUCAGAUCAAAACUGAGGCUCCUCUAGCACGUGUAAGGAAAAAAAGUCAAUAUGCUGAUAAAUCCAGUAGAUAUGAAGAUAGGUAGACAUAGCUCACACUAGAUGAUAAAAGUGCAUAGAGCUGGGUGUUCCUAGAAAGUAUUACAUCCAAGCUAUCUCUGUGUCGUCAUACAAUAUCACUCUCGAGAGGGACACCAAGAGCCCCUGACGCACGCAUGUCCCCACAGCGGCUCUUCAGGGGGGACAAAACUGGGGGGGGGGGGAAACCAAUAUGGUGCAAUAAUCCAAUAAAUUAAAAGUGUAAUAAACCUUAUAUAGAUAUGCUCACCUUUACCUGGAACGCAUAUAAGACUGGCUCCAGGUUUGUAGACUUUAUGCUCCUUAAGAUCUAUAGUUCGGAAUAUCAGGAUAGAAUCACUUGCAGUAGGUAUAUAAGCAUUAAAAUGGAUUGAAUGAACUAUAGUUAAAACAAAUAAAAUAAACAAAUCAAUAAAAAAAGAGUGAGGUCCUAUGCUUGAGUCGUGUUUCGCAACGUUCCUGGGCAUUUUCAAUCAAUAUUUCUCCUAGCACAUAAAAUUAUUUAAUUGAUUUGACUAGAAAUAUUCAUCGGCUCCUCAAUUUGCAGGAUUGCGUAGUUGUGAAGAAGUCGGACAAUUGUGUUAGGGACAGCAGCCCUUGCCCUUUGCCGGGGACAUGCUGCAGUUCAGAGAACCCAGUGUUGGUGCCUCUACGCAGUGUGUUGGUGAAAGACAGAAACACUCAGAAGAAGAUUGUGAGUCUAGCUAACCUGAUCAUUCAGCUUCUCACAGAAGAGGUAAGCAAUGCGAGGAUUCAGAAGUUAUCACACAAGAGUCCGAUAAUGUAUGUGGACCAUAACUAUACGUUUGUAUCCCAGGUCACUGCAAAGUGCGAGGUGGAUGUCAAUCUGUCCGUAGAGGAUUGGGAAUAUUUAGAAGGACACAAGGAAGAUUAUGAGGAGUGGAUUGAGAAGAAACACCUGUCUCAGAAGAGUUUAGGUGAGAAAUGUAUUGAUGUAUGGGUGUGCGUACGUGUAUAUCAGUAUUUUAGACAGUAAUACGUCAGAUGCUCUGUGCAGUAAAGCCAGCUCAAAGAAUAACCUAGAUUGUGCUGGGUCCAUUUACCGAACCCAGAUGUUCAUGGUGAUGGGUUUUUGCAAUCUCUCUGCAUACAGAUAAAUGAUGCUAAAUAAGGUUUGCUGCUUUUUGUUAACAGAUAACAAUCUAUUUAUCUGCACAAUGUGUUUAAUAGGGAGUGCUAAUGUCAAAUCUGGGGAAGCCAAGAAUGAGAGAAACUCAGAACAGAUAUUAAGUGACCAUCAUAAUCCUCGGGAAAAGAGGAGCCAUCCAGAAAUGUGUACAGGUGAGUGA